AGUCACAUUAACACAUAAUGAUUAUCCAAUCAGUGUUCAUUUUGUUAUCUGUUAUCAAUGUUAAUGCGUUCAAUAUUCUUGUGUAUUCACCAUCUUUUGGUGGAAGUCAUACUAAUUUCAUGGCAAGGCUGGCAGAUACUUUAACUGAAGCUGGACAUAAUGUGACAUUUGUUGUUCCAGUGGCAGAUGAAGCUCGCAAAGGUCAGCUGGGUGUUAAAAAGACUAAAGAUGUUGUUAUAGUUGAGCAAGACGAGUUGAUGAAAAGCGAGAUAAAACCAUUAGAUGAUGACAUGGCACAGUACUGGGAGACUGAUAUGGAUUCUUCUAAUGCUGAUUCCAUUUUCUCAGUAUUCAGUGAUGCAAUGCUCCUAUCGUGCAACAACUUCAUGCGAAACAAAAAAGUAUUCAAUGAACUUAAAUCCAGAAACUUUGACGUUGGAAUCUAUGAGCCACUUUCUGUCUGCGGUCUUGGAUAUAUGCAUGCAAUUGGAAUUAAUAAACUAAUAAUGUCAUCCUCGUGUGCUCUUUACGAUGGAACUGUUGCUGCAAUUGGAGAACCUAUUGACUUUAGUUAUGUACCUGGAAGUAUGAGCAAGUCUGGAGAGAAAAUGAGUUUAUUCGAAAAACUUGAGAAUUAUCGAUUAUCGAUGGCCAGUUCCCGUAUGCAAUAUGGACAAUGGGAUAAGGAAACUGAAAUUUAUAAAAAACAUUUGGGAAAUGAUAUUCCUCAUUGGAGAGAUCUUAUGCCAUCUUCUUCGGUCGCCUUCACAAAUUCAAUUCCAUACGUGGAUUUUCCAAGAUCCAUCACUCAAAAGACAGUUCCAAUUGGAGGAAUUUCAGUAGAUAUGGAAAUGAUUAAAUCUCAAAAGUUAUCAAUUGAAUGGAGUACAGUACUAGACGAACGACCACAUAAUAUGUUAAUUUCAUUUGGAUCAAUGGUUAGAAGUAUGGAUAUGCCAUUGAAAUGGAGAAAUGGACUGCUGGAGGCCAUCAAAUCCGAGCCAAAUGUCACAUUUAUUUGGAAAUAUGAAAAUGACAAUUUGGAAUGGGCAAAAGGAAUUCAAAAUAUUUAUUUUUCAAAAUGGGUUCCUCAAACAGCUCUUCUAAAUGAUGCUCGAUUAACUGCAUUCAUGACUCACGGAGGUCUUGGAUCAACGAAUGAAUUGGCUUUUCUUGGAAAACCUGCACUUAUGGUUCCAGUAUUUGCUGAUCAAGAUAGAAAUGCGAAUAUGCUUGCAAGGCAUGGAGGUGUUCUAGUUGUUCAUAAAAAAGAGCUCGGAAACUUUAAAACAAUCAAAUCUUCGAUUCGAUCGAUACUUCACGAAGAAAAGUAUCAGAAAAAUGCUCGAAAAUUGUCAGAACUCUUGAAUAAUCAGCCAUUGAAGCCAAAGGAACAAGUCGUGAAGUACACGGAAUUCGUCGCCAAAUUCGGACCAUUUCCACAAAUGGAUUCAUAUGGAAGGCAGCUGGGAUUUAUUCAGAGAAAUCUAAUUGAUAUUUAUGCAGCUAUUAGUUUAUCCUAUCUUUUCGUCAUUUCCCUUAUCUAUUUUGUAUUCAAAUUUGUGAUCUCAAAGACUCCAUUGAAAUUGGUCAAGUUGGUAAAGAAGGAUUAAGCUUCUGAAAGAUAUUUAAAACGGGUAUAAUAAAGAUUUCAUAUUCC